AUGAAUCACCUUCUGAAGUUGCUGAAAUUUAAUUCCUCAUCUGGUAUUCCUAGUGUUUCUCUUGCACAAAUAGGAAAAGGUUUGAUAAAAUUAUCCGAGAAUAUAGAUCUUAAAUCUGUUCUCCAUGUCCCUAAACUAGCCUGUAACCUUUUGUCUGACCGGAGCUCGAGGAAGAAGAUUGGCAGUGCUAAGAUAAUAGAUGGACUUUACUACUUUGUUGGGGACUUCUCUAGUAAUAAAAAGGCUUGGGGCCUUAGUAGUGGGGAGAAUGAGGUGAUGGAAGAAAAUUUUUGGGAUUUAUCUCCUAAUCCUUUACCAAAUGUGAUUUUAACUCCUUUGCCUCAUCCUACUGUUAUUCCCGAAAUUCAAAGUCAGGAACAAUGUGAUAAAACCAAUGAAAACAAUGAAGAGAAUCCUAGUCAUAUGGUGCCAAACAUUACUGUAUCUGAAACAGGGGAAGAAUCACUACAACCGGGCACUAAAGUUCCCAAUACUGAGCCUCUGGUUUAUACUCGGAGAAUACCUCAUCAAAAGAAUCAAAGUCAAUCUAUUCCACUUGGAAAUGAUCAAUCUCAACCUCCGGAAUUGGACCUCCAGAUAUCACAUGUAAAUGACAAUGAAGAAUUGGAGAGACUGAAAAAGAGACUUGCAGCUGACUUUGAGAUCAAGGAUUUGGGUGCAUUAAAAUACUUUCUUGGAAUGGAGUUUGCUAGAUCCAAAGAAGGUAUAUUUGUGAAUCAACGUAAAUAUGUUCUUGAUUUACUUAGUGAGACAGGUCUGCUAGGAUAUAAACCAGCCGAGACACCCAUUGAGCCCAACCUUAAGCUGCAGCCUUCUAAAGAUGAAGAAGUUAUGAAUAGAGAGCAGUAUCAAAGACUUGUUGGAAGACUGAUCUACUUGUCACAUACACGUCCAGAUAUAGCUUUUGCAGUCAGCAUGGUUAGCCAGUUCAUGCAUUCACCUGGACGAGAACACUUUGAUGCAUUCUACAGAAUUCUCAGAUACCUAAAGGGGACCCUUGGAAGAGGUCCACUGUUAAAAAACCGUGGGCAUUUGCAAGUUGAAGCCUACACUGAUACUGAUUGGGCUGGGAGUGCUAUUGAUAGACGGUCAACUUCUGGCUACUGCACCUUUGUUGGAGUGCUGCAUGACAGAACAAAGCACGUGGAGGUAAACAAACACUUCAUCAAGGAAAAGCUCGAAAAAGGAUUGAUCUGUAUGCUGUACAUUCCUACUACUGAGCAAGUUGCAGAUGUGCUUACAAAGGGACUUCCUACAAGACAGUUCGACAGGCUAAUUGGUAAGCUGAUACGGAGAAUAAAGGACAUAGAAGUAGCUCAAACAUGCAAGGAUGAAGAUGCUCUUAAGAGGCCGAGGUAUAGUGGAUGCAUGGAUAUUGGUUUAAGGGAGGUGGGUAGAUUGGGUGGAAUACUAAUUCACUCUAAGAGGAAAUGCCAUUGCAUGUCAGCAUUUUCUGAGAAGUUCUCAUCUGCAGGCAAUGGGACUUCUGAUCUGGAUGGGAGAGCUCUUUCUUCUGUGGAGGGGGCAAAUCAAGAAACUUUAAAAACAUUGGAAGGGAUAAGAAAACGAGUUGAUGAUGUGUGCAGGAUCUUGGAAAGCUGUCCUUGGGGACCUUACUUAGAGAAAACUAUAUCUACAUUUGAUGAAAUACUUCAAACAGAUUUAGAUUCUGAGUUGGGUGCAUUUUUUUGUUGUUUAUUUGGUUACGCAGGAAUACUAAUUCACUCUAAGAGGAAAUGCCAUUGCAUAUCAGCAUUUUGUAAGAAGUUCUCAUCUUCAGGCAAUUGGACUUCUGAUCUGGAUGGGAGAGCUCUUUCUUCUGUGGAGGGGGCAAAUCAAGAAAAUUUAAAAACAUCGGAAGGGAUAAGAAAACGAGUUGAUGAUGUGUGCAAGAUCUUGGAAAGCUGUCCUUGGGGACCUUACUUAGAGAAAACUCUAUCUACGUUUGAUGAAAUACCUCAAACAGAUUUAGUGAUUCGAGUUCUAAAGAGACUGAAGAAUGUUGAUCAAGCGGUAAACUAUUUUCGUUGGGCUGAGAGAAAAACCAACCAAGCACAUUGUCCAGAAGCAUACAAUUCUCUUCUCAUGGUAAUGUGUAGGGGUAAAAAACUUUAUUGUCUUGAACAGAUUUUGGAGGAAAUGAGUCUUGCUGGAUUUGGUCCAUCUAAUAGCACAUGUAUUGAGUUAGUUGUCAGCUGUGUUAAGUCUCAGAAGAUGAGAGAAGCAUUCGAUUUUAUACAAUCCAUGAGAAAGUUAAAAUUCCGCCCUGCAUUUUCAGCUUAUACGACUCUAAUUGGUGCUCUAUCUGCAGUUCAUGAACCUGAUCUCAUGCUCGUGCUCUUUCAUCAGAUGCAGGAGCUAGGUUAUGAAGUAAAUGUGCAUUUGUUCACAACUCUUAUUCGUGUAUUUGCCAAGGAGGGUCGGGUUGAUGCUGCUCUUUCUCUGUUAGAUGAGAUGAAGAGAAACUCAUUUGAUGCAGAUCUUGUUCUCUAUAAUGUUUGUAUUGACUGCUUUGGCAAGGCGGGUAAAGUGGACAUGGCCUGGAAAUUUUUUCAUGAGAUGAAAGUGCAUGGUCUUAUGCAUGAUGAUGUGACAUAUUCUAGUAUGAUAGGGGUCCUUUGGAAAGCUAAUAGACUGGAUGAAGCUGUGGAGCUAUUUGAGCAGAUGGAACUUAAUAGGAAAGUCCCUUGUGCAUAUGCUUAUAACACCAUGAUAAUGGGUUAUGGCUCUGCUGGAAAGUUCGAUGAAGCAUACAACUUACUUGAGAGACAAAAAAUCAAAGGGAGCAUUCCGAGUGUGAUUGCAUAUAAUUGUAUUCUUACAUGCCUUGGAAAGAAGGGCAGGGUGGAUGAGGCUUUGAGGAUAUUUGAGGAGAUGAAAAAAGAUGCAGUGCCUAAUCUUUCGACCUACAAUAUUCUCAUGGACAUGCUUUGCAAGGGAGGGAAGUUGGAGGCUGCUCUGGAGAUUCGGGAUGCCAUGAAAGAAGCUGGCUUGUUUCCUAAUGUUUUAACUGUGAACAUAAUGAUUGAUCGCUUGUGGAAGGCUCAGAAACUUGACGAAGCUUGUUCUAUAUUUGAAGGGAUGGAUCAUAAAGUUUGCACCCCAGAUGCAGUUACAUUUUGUUCCCUGAUCGAGGGUUUGGGCAGACAUGGCAGAGUAGAUGAUGCGUACAGACUAUAUGAACGUAUGUUAGAUUCUGACCGGAUUCCAAAUGCUAUUGUCUAUACAUCACUCAUCAGGAACUUUUUUAAGUCUGGCAGGAAAUAUGAUGGUCACAAAAUCUACAAAGAAAUGGCCCGUAGGGGCAUUUCUCCUGACCUAACCCUCCUCAAUACUUAUAUGGAUUGUGUUUUCAAAGCCGGUGAAACUGAAAAAGGCAGGGCUUUGUUUGAGGAAAUUAAGGCUCUAGGGUUCGUCCCGGAUGUGCGGAGUUAUUCUAUACUAAUUCAUGGACUUAUAAAAGCUGGUUUUGCACGAGAGACUUAUGAGCUGUUUUAUGUAAUGAAAGAACAGGGUUGUAUUUUGGAUACCCUUGCUUACAACACUGUUAUUGAUGGAUUCUGCAAAUCAGGUAAAGUGAACAAAGCUUACCAGCUGCUGGAGGAAAUGAAGGUUAAGGGUCACCAACCCACUGUGGUUACCUAUGGUUCUGUUAUUGAUGGGCUUGCUAAGAUUGACAGGCUUGAUGAAGCUUACAUGCUCUUUGAAGAAGCAAAAUCAAAGGGUGUGGAGUUAAAUGUAGUUGUUUAUAGUAGUCUUAUUGAUGGGUUUGGGAAGGUGGGUAGAAUUGAUGAGGCAUACCUAAUCAUGGAAGAGUUGAUGCAAAAAGGUUUAACACCUAAUGUGUACACAUGGAAUUGCUUACUUGAUGCACUGGUUAAGGCUGAGGAAAUUAAUGAAGCGCUUGUUUGCUUUAAUUCCAUGAAGGACCUGAAGAAAUGCACUCCCAAUUUCAUAACGUACAGCAUCCUCAUAAAUGGUCUUUGCAAGGUUAGAAAAUUCAACAAGGCGUUUGUGUUUUGGCAGGAGAUGCAGAAGCAAGGGUUAAAACCCAAUAUGAUCACCUACACAACAAUGAUUUCUGGGCUUGCGAAGGCUGGAAAUAUAUCAGAGGCUAAUGGGCUUUUUGAAAGGUUUAAGGAAAAUGGUGGUAAACCUGAUGCUGCUUGUUAUAAUACUAUGAUAGAAGGGUUGAGCAUUUCAAACAGAGCAAUGGAAGCGUAUACACUAUUUGAGGAAACUCGCUUGAGAGGCCGUAAUGUUUAUACCAAAACUUGUGUUGUUCUUUUGGAUGCAUUGCAUAAGGCUGAAUGCCUUGAGCAGGCAGCAAUUGUGGGCGCUGUGCUGAAGGAAACAGCAAAGAGUCAGCAUGCAUCAAGGUCCUUUUAACGACAGGCUUGUAGUGGCACUACAAGUAUAUGGUCAGCAUUUAUUUUGACAUAUUUUAUUUUAUUUUAUUUUUCUGGAGCUUAUUCUAAUGGUUUUGAGUUCUCGUGGACAGCAACAAAACGACCAGUUUGCUACACUUGAAUUUUUGUUUCCAACUGAAAGUGGUCCCCCAGGGAUCCUAGUUAGCACACAUUAUUUUGUAGUUAUGAGAUAAAUUUAAGCUAAAAUUCUAAAAUCUCACUUGCUAAUGAAAUAAUUUAUUUUAAGGAAAAUAAAGAAAAAAAAAAAAGGAAAAACAAAAUGAACACAGUUGAAUUUAUAGUAAAAUGAGGAAGGAUCUCACAAACAUGAGCGCUCUAGGUUCUUUAGGCAUAUUAACUGGAUGCAUAAUUGUUGGUCUAUGCCCUAGAAUUUGCCUAUUUAAUGUCAAAUUAAAUUAUAGUUUGUGCAUCAUAAUGUCAUAUUAUCCUGGUAUUUUAAUUAUGGUAUGGUUCAUUGCUUUUAUUCCCAUUGUCCAUUGCUUUCAUCCACAUAUUAGUAAUUGUGGUAAAAUACAAUUAUUAUACAAUCAGGGUUAAUCCAUAGUUUCUAUGUGGAAAAAUGCAUCAUAUUAUAUUGUCUAAAAUAGAUGAUAUACACUAACAGUUCCUCAAGGGACCUCUAGUCAUUUCCAAUGUGCAGUUAUAUACAUACAGGUCAAUUGCUCAGAUAGAUGGAUUAAAAUAGUGGAUCAUCAAACAGCUCCAAAGCAUCAUUUGAUCUAACGGCUGAGAUUCAACUUGUUCAAAUAUUUUAUUGGCUGAGAUUAUUGUGCUGUUGAUAGCUACUGUGUGAACAUCCAAAUGAUUUAAUCCAUUUGGUCAAUGUGUUAAAGUGAUCAAGCGGCUAUGAAUAAUCCUUGGUGUCAAACAAGGACCAACAUCAAGAUAUGUAUCCACUACUGAUAUAACAGCUGCAAGGUUUUGGUCCACAUGUAUAGUCUUGUAUCAGUAUCAAGAAGAUAGGGCUUGCACUGGGUUGGCGGAGAAAAGAAAGAAAAUACAGAGAGGUUUGAGGGUCGAAGGAUUCGAGAAGAGAGCUCAGAGGGUCAGUGCUUCAUUGAUAAUAAGAAUAGAGAGAGCUUGAGUGCUGAAAUCAGACCAAGAGAAUCAAGCUUCUACUCAACUGAUCUGUGCAACCUCAUGACCCAAUCGUAAACUUCAUUGAGAUAUCCUUUGUGUUGUUCAUCUAUUGAAGACCAAACAGAGACAACCGGCUAUGAUUGUGAGAGUUUCAAUCAGUUCAGUUGGUCCAAACUAUGGUGAGUAUCAGAGACACAGCCAACGAGAGCGCAGAGGUAUAACACCGGAGAGCAACAGUUUCGGCAAACCCCAGUCCAAGUGAACUUCAGUCCGUGCAAGUGCAGAGAAUGCCUCAGCUCCGUUCAAACAAAUACCAGCUCCGACGAGUUUCAGUCCAGGUCCGGUGCGGUUCAUUCCAGAAGCUUCAGUCUGGCAAGCUUCCUUUGUUUCAGACCGACAAACUUCUGUUCCGGCAACAGCUCCAAACGUUUGUAACCAAAAUCCGAGCAACAGCCUCCAUUAUUUUCAGUGAACACAGAGCUACAACACAAACAGCUCCCGUCGAAGUAGUUAAAUCCCAGUUCAGUCCAGUGACCCAACAAAGUUUACAUCCGAAGCUUGGUGAUUGAGCCUCAAGCGACCCAACUGGUAAAGCUUCAGAGACCGAGUUGAUGACCCAGUAGUUCCAGUGUGCUCUAGAUUGCGCGGGCAGAGUUUCAGUGGCAUUUCAACGUGAAGACCAGGUUUGGGUGGAUUUGUGUUAAUGGAAGUUGGGUCUUGCAGAUAAAGGACAGUGAAGAACUCCAACGAACAGGUUUGGGAGUAUGAAGAAGAUCAGUGAGCUUAAAUUGAAGAUUUAAGUCCUUCAAAGAUGAACAUUCUUUUGGUGGGUCUUAAAAUGGUUUGUUCAAGCUUUAUUAUUCAAUCACAUUCAUAGGAGCUGUCUUCAAGUCUCAAGGGCUUAACUAACGUGGGAUUGGUUCUCAUUUGCUAUACCACUCAUAUUAUAGAGCAAAUGGAUUUCAACCUAGUGGAGCCGUGGUGAAUCACUUUAAGCUUGGAUAGAGGGUGAACCACAAUCAUAUCAUCUUCCUCAACCUUAAAGUUUGAAGUAAGGGAUGUGAAUCUUACUCUUUAGUUAUAUAUUUAUUCAUUGAUAUCUUAUAUAACUAGAGAGGCAUCAUUAUCUAUAUUUUAUUGUGAGCGACAAUUGUGAGUACUUGGUCCAAGCAUUGGAAUGUUGUGGACAGGGGGAGUACAAAGAGUGAUUGUUGUGAGAUUGGUGUGUGGUCCAAGCACUGGGGUGCUUAGGACACGGGAGAGUGCAAGAGCGACUUGUACGUGAGAUUCGUGAGAGAGUCCAAGCACAGGGGUGCUGUGGAUAAUGCGAGUUCUGAGUGAACUUGCAGAGAGCUAGGGUGUGUGUGUGCAGAGAGUGAGAAAGCUAGGGUUUCAACUUGUACAAGGGUGUGUGCAGAGUGUGAGACAGCUGAGUGUGUAUCAUCUUGCAACACAACUAGUGGAUUUACACUGGCUGCCAGGAACCAAGGUUUUUUAACCCUAUUGAGGGGGAUUUUCCUUGUAAAAAAUCCUGUUGUCAAGAGUGGACUGUGGUUGUGACAUUUCAUCAAACAAGUUACAUAAGCUCUCAUUAGUCAGAAAAGAAAUUGUAGAAGAACCAAUUCACCCCCUCCCCCUCUUGGUUCAACAAUUAUAGAAGGGUCCUACUGUUUGCCUGUCACGGUAUGAUUUUAUUGGGUACUGACCACAUUGAAGACUAACUGCAGAUAAAUUGAGCUAUCUUGAUGAAGUUUCCAACUGCUAUGGAAAAGUGACUGUUAUAGAAAAUUGAAAUAUCAUUUUCGGCUUUUCGUUUUUUGAAUUUUAAAUUUUAAUAGGAACAGUUUAAGUACUAUUAUUUUUCCUUAUUACUGAAGCUGUAUCAUUAAUCCCUGAAAGGCCCAACAAGCAAGUAAACCCCACAGCUUUAAUAACAAACAAUCUGAUCUGCAAGCAUUAUCCAAGUAA